CAUUCAAUUGCUCGAUUCAAUUAUUGAGAUAAAUUUACGACAAAUAACAAUAAAGAUAACCAAUUGAAUAAUCCCACAUUUCUAAUAUAAGCGCAUGCGUAAGGGAUCCACGUUCGAUUAUAUACUAUAUAUACACUAUAUAUUACAUUUCAUUCUGGUAGAAUAUACCUUAGUCUUGAUCUGGUUAAUUUCUGGAUAAAAAUAUUUUUUAUUAACAAUGAAAUUGCUUUUAUUAGUGGGAACAGUAUUAGCGAUGUUUUGUACAACCGGUAAUGCUGAUAAUACGAAAGGCCCAAAAGUUACAGAUAAAGUAUGGUUUGAUAUUAAUAUUGAUGGUAAAUAUGAAGGAAGAAUUGAAAUUGGACUUUUUGGAAAAACAGUUCCAAAAACAGUUGAAAAUUUCAUUGAAUUAUCUAAAAAACCUCAAGGAGAAGGAUAUAAGGGUAGUAAAUUUCAUAGAGUCAUUAGUGAAUUUAUGAUUCAAGGAGGAGAUUUUACAAAAGGAGAUGGAACUGGAGGACAUAGUAUUUAUGGUAGUCGUUUCAAAGAUGAAAAUUUCAAAUUAAAUCAUUAUGGUGCUGGAUGGUUAUCUAUGGCAAAUGCUGGAAAAGAUACCAAUGGUUCUCAGUUUUUUAUUACUGUAAAACAAACUCCAUGGCUUGAUGGUAGACAUGUUGUAUUUGGCAAAGUAAUUAAAGGAAUGGAUGUAGUAAGAAAAAUUGAAAAUGUAAAUACUGAUACACGAGAUAGACCAAUAAAAGAUGUUAUAAUUGCUGAUUGUGGUGCAGAAGUAGUAGCAAAUCCUUUCAGUGUAUCAAAAGAAGAUGCUACAGAUUAAAUAUAUUUUCAUUUUUAUAAUAAUAAAAAUUAAUAAUUUUUAACUACCAUAUGCUAAAAAAAAUUCUAAUAUCAUAAUCUUUUUUACUAAAUAUUCAGAAAAUAUAAUAUUUGAAAAUUUAUUACAAAAAUUAUUUAAAUAUUACUUGCAUAUUUUAAUAAAUUUUGUUAUAAUAUUGUUGAAAUAUUUUAAUCAAUUAAAAAUUAUUAAAAAAUACAUAACAAAAAUUUGUUUUAUAAUUAUACAUUAUUUUGUAAAUCGUAAAUAAUAAAUAAAUAUUAAACAUAUGGAGUUAAAAAAUAUUGUUUUAAACUUUCUUGUCUUAUUUCAAUUUUCAUAAAACCAUAUAUAUAUAUAUAUAUAAUAAAUUUUAUAUAUACUUAUAAUCACAUUUUUUCAAAUAAACUUAAAUUGUUUAUAA